AUGGAAAAAUCUCUGGUGAGUUUGGCCUGCAAGGUAGUUAAGCUCAAUGAUCCAACAUUUCAUUCCAUUCUUUUACAAAUUGCAAACGACCUUCGAUACAUGUCAUUCUUCAAGGACUGUAUUGAAGCUAUUGAUGGAACACAUGUCGAUGUGCGCCUAUCUGAUGCAGAAAAGGUUGCGUACAUCGGACGGUUAAAAGUGCUUCAAAGGUUGAUAAAUGUCUUAUUGGGAUUAUUUGAGAAACUAUCUGUAGUUAUUAAGAAGUUGAAAGCUACUGGAAUAUUAUUAAAUGUUGAGAAACUGUGUGGUCAUAAAACCACUGACAUCAAGGUAAGGGCACAAGCAUUGCUUGCGAGGUGGAAUGCUGAAAGGAUUAAUGAUGAUGAUUACAAAGACAUGGAGAAAGGCUGCUUGAAUCUUGUUGAGAGUUCAAAACCUUCUACUGAUGCCACCUCAGCGGAGGUUAAACACGGCGAAGAUAAAAAUUUUGACAGUCCUCCAUGCCAAAAAGCAGUGGAGGAAGGGAGCUGCGUGAUAGACUCUGGUAGAAAUGAAAGACUUCAAGCAAGAAGUCCCAACAAUCUUCAAUCAAAUACUACAGAUGAUGGUUUGAAAGUGGCCAUGCCACAUCAGACAAUGAAAUUGUUCACUUUAAGUGAGAAAAAGGAGAAGAGUGCAUUAUUCCCUACCCCAUCUUUAGAUUCGAAUUCUUUUGAUGAAAAACUUUCUGCUGAUGAAUCUUCUGUUGCUGUGGUAGUAAUGCCACCUUCCAGUACACCUGUUUUUCCAAAGGCCCUUAUAAACGAUCAUGAUGAGUGCUUCACUUCAGCUACUGAGAUUCAUGAUGGAAUUUGCACCAAAAUGAACACAGGGCUGGGUGUGUCAUAUGAUUCGAGUCAAAGCGAUGGUUUAUGCGUACUGCCAUCUACUGGCCAAGCUGUAACUUCACCUACAAAAAGGCCUAUAUUGGCAUGCACCACAUCAGCCAUUCUAGAUUCUUUGGAUGGAAGAUUUAAUCUGUUGGAGCCUGUGGAUACUAGUCUUAAAAGUAUUGGUGCUGAUAAAGGGACGUCAAAGAAUUCAAGAACAUUGGAGUUCAAAUCUGAAGGGGAUUCUGACAAAGAAGUUGAAAAUUUAUAUGACAAUGGAAGCCCACUGAGAGAAGAGGCCAAUGGAAUUGCUAGUGAAGAUAAUCUACUUUUGAAUGAAUCCAUUUUAAAGGAAUGCAGAGGAACCGAUGAAUUACUCUUUGGAGAUCCUUCCAUAAUAUCUAAGUUCAAGGUAACUAAAGCGUUGAACAAAAAAUCAGAUUUAGAUCUUGAAUCUGGAGAGUUUGAUGCGUUGGAAGUUGCUCGGCAAGUUGCAAUCGAAGUUGAAAGAGAGGUUGAUUAUAGAGAACAAUCUUGCAGCUCUUCUUCAUACAUGAGUUCAGGAGAUAUUAUUUGCACUGCAAUUCCUGAUAUUGCACAAAAUAAGCAGGACCACCCAGUAAGUGGAAAAAUAAAUGAAAAGGGAUCGAUGAGUGGUAAUGUUGAUUCUGAUUCUGUCUCUUCUCCUAAAAAUGACAAUUGCAAGUAUUUGGAAGUGACCACUGAUGAUAGGAAAGCGAAGCAAAGCUUGCAAUCACCUGAUCAAGCAGCAGCUCAUCAGAAAACUAGCAAUCCGACUCAGAAGUUUAAAUACGACUUUGAUCUGAAUGUGGAUGUAUUUUCUGAGAAUUUUGAUUGUGCAAUGAAUUCUAUCCCAAGCAAUCCUGUUAAUUUAUCUGCACCAACAACUGUUUCUGGCUCAAAUGGAGCUCCUGUAUGGGCUGCUCCAUUACAAUUUGGAGGUGCUCCGUUUUGGAGAGGUUCUGCUGAUAUGAGUGCUUUUCGUUCUGCAUCUCUUCAAAUGGCUCUAGAUCCUGGAAAGACAAAAUCAGAUUCAAAACAAAAAGAAAAUUUGAUAGAAAUUGAUUUAAAUGUACUUGAGAUUGAGAGCAAUGUGGCAUUGGAUCCUGCUGUCCUGAAGGAAUUGCCUGCUUCUUAUUGCGUCCCUUCCAGGGACUCCUCUGUAGAAGUAAGUUCAGAAUGGGCAGCGAGAAUACAGCUAGAUCUUAGCUCAAUAGGAGAUGAGGAAGCACAAUCGUUACAAUCAUCACUUCUAAGUCAUCAUCCACGAAAGAUUAGUAUGAGCCUUUCUUCUACAUUGUCAACAUCUUCAAGAAAGCCUUCAAUGAAUAACUUUGACUUGAAUGACAACCUUUUUCUACUCGAUGAUUUUAGUUCUCAGAAUCUUAAUACAAUGAACUCUUCGGUUCUUCCCAUCAUGGGUUCAAAAAAGUCAGUGGAAAAGACGGAUGAUGCCAAUGAAGUUUAUCAGACGUAUGUGGGAUCUGGAUUAACUUACGAUGCUUUCAUGAUUGGCAGACCUAUGAUGCCUUACGUGCAUCAAGUGCCACCUAUUUAUAGUUAUAAUGAACCGGGAGUUGCACCAGCUUUUCCCUUCCAUCCAUCUAUUUAUGGUAAUUCAAACAUUCCUCUCAUGGCAGAAGCCAGAUCAUCUACUGUCAUGUCACAGUUAAUGCGCUCCGCAGGUCCUCAUGGCGCACCACUUCCAAAUCAUCCUUUUUUGAUGAGCAUAGCAAACACUCCAUCAAGUUUAAAUGGUGUUGAGCCAUCUAAUCUAGGCAUGGAUUUGAAUUCUGGUUUAUUUCAGACGGACAGUGGGAAUAGGGAAGCCAGAAGUCUGAAUCAUUUUUUCAUGCCAGGGCACAGUAAUCUGUUGGAAGAACAGAUGAAGACUAGCUCACAACACUCAACAUCUGUGCUUCCAUUAAAGAGAAAGGAACCAGACUCGGGCUGGGAUCCUUAUGGUUUUGGUUACAACCAGAUGACAUCAUGGCAUUAA